CAGGGCAGAAGGUCUCCAGCUCAGCACACAUGUGCAGCAUGAUCCUGCAGUAACGGGAUUGAUCAUUUACUGAGUAUUGGGAAAGCAACCGAGAACCUUGGAGCCACUAUUAAUGACCAAGAACGGCUUUUGCUGACACUUCAUGCAAAAUGGAGAAGCAGUUAACAGGCACACUCGCUCUGGCAGUGUUCACGGCUGUGCUUGGCUCUCUGCAAAUGGGAUACAGCCUGGGCGUCAUCAACGCCCCACAGAAGGUCAUUGGAAGGCACUAUGCAAGAUCUCUGGGUGUCUAUAAUGAAGAGCUAGCUCGUAGGGAAGGAGGAAACACAACAGAGCAUGAAGAACCGACUGAUGCGUCUGUGGUCAUGUACAUGUCCUUGUCUGUGGCCGCCUUCUCCAUCGGAGGCAUUGUGUCCUCCUUUCUAGUCAGCUUUGUUAGCGACAUCCGUGGAAGGAUCAAAGGUAUGCUGUUUAUAAAUGUCUUGGCCAUAACAGCUGGUCUGCUAAUGGGCCUGGCUAAGAUGGGCACACCUUACCUCAUGGUGAUAGCAGGACGUGCUAUCAUGGGACUCUACUGUGGUCUGUCAUCUGGCCUGGUGCCUCUGUACAUUGGAGAGAUUUCUCCAGUGAAGUACAGAGGUGCUAUGGGAGCACUUCACCAGCUGGCUAUUGUCAUUGGCAUCCUCAUUAGUCAAGUCAUUGGUCUGGAUUUCUUGCUGGGAAAUGAUGACAUGUGGCACGUGUUGCUGGGUCUUUCUGGAGCUCCUGCUAUCCUGCAGAGUCUGCUGCUGCUUGUGUGUCCAGAGAGUCCUCGAUAUCUCUACAUCAAACUAGGCAAAGUGGAAGAAGCAUGCAAGAGUCUGAAAAGGCUGAAGGGAGAUUACGACACCUCAAAGGACAUAGGAGAGAUGCAGGCAGAGAAAGAGGAGGCCAUGAAAGAGGCACAAAUGUCCAUCCUGCGGCUGCUCCGUUCCUCGGUGUACCGCCAGCAGCUCUUUGUGGCCCUGAUGAUGCAUUUAUCCCAGCAGUUCUCUGGGAUCAACGCUAUCUUUUAUUACUCUACCUCGAUCUUCCAGACUGCGGGGGUUGCUCAGCCUGUGUAUGCCACUAUUGGAGUGGGAGUUAUAAACAUCAUAUUCACCCUUGUGUCGGUGAUGAUAGUGGACAGAGCAGGCAGAAGGACACUGACUAUAGUUGGGUUGGGAGGAAUGUGCUGCUGCGCUGUGGCCAUGACAGUGGGCCUGGCUUUUCAGGACGUUUACUCGUGGAUGAGCUACCUCAGCAUGGCAGCCAUAUUCCUGUUCGUGUCGUUCUUUGAGAUCGGUCCUGGACCAAUCCCAUGGUUCAUUGUGGCAGAGAUCUUCAGUCAGGGACCGCGUCCAGCAGCCAUCGCAUUAGCUGGGUGCUGCAACUGGACAUGUAAUUUUAUUAUUGGCAUGUGUUUCCCUUAUUUAGAGGGUCUUUGCGGGAAAUAUGUCUUCGUCAUUUUUGCAGUACUCCUAUUCGGCUUCACUGUUUUUACCUACUUGCGUGUCCCUGAAACAAAAGGGAAGACUUUAGAGGAGAUAGCGGCUGUCUUUCAUCACAAACGUGGAGCCCCCCCUUCCAAACCUCAAGAAGAGGCUGAGAUGGUGCAUCUCAAAAGCUCUACAGAGGCCUGAAAGGGACCGUUAUCUUUUUAAAACUGUGGAAUGAAAGAUGUUACUGCUGUCACAGAACUCGCCUGUGGCAGAAAUGAUCUGCUGUAUAUUCCACAGAGCCUUGCAUCAGGAGCUCGAUGAGCUCAUCAUUUGACAGGAAAUAAUUGGUUUAGAAGCAGGUAAAGAGAUUAACUAAACACAACUGUAAAAAUUGUGAAAGAUGAUGCACAAUAUAGACAUGCACUGGCCUU